CUUGAAAGUAGAACGGAAAACGGAACUUGGUUGAGAAAGAAAAAACAAAAAGGAUCCGAGUGCGGACGCUGGUAUGAGAAAUCACCGGAAUUGCCGUAAAUGCCGCCUAUGACAACACGCUGCGAAUCGACAAAUCAAAUGCCUCCGUGGACCACUCAGGUCCUCUUUCCCAUUUCCACUCUUCAAUUCAAUUAAUAUCUCUCACACACACACUCUCUCUCUCAUACACACACAAAGUUCCCUCUCCAAACAUGGCGGCAAUUUUCUCUUCUUCGCUCUUCGUUUCUUCGCCUCUUCCCAAACCACUUUCUUCCUCCUAUUCCCGAAUCCAUAAAGCUCCACAACUUUUCAGGGCUCGCUCCUCGCUCCUUCAGGAUAAAGAGGAAAAAGUGAUCGUGCAGGAUUCAUUCCCCUCCAAAACCUCUCCUCUUCACUCCGCUGAUAAAUCAACUAGUGGAAACUCGAUUAACACCUCUGCGUUCGAGAAACGGAUUAUCAAGGUCGAACAAUCGGUGAAUAUCUUUCUCACGGAUUCCGUCAUAAAGAUACUUGAUACUCUGUACCAUGAUAGACACUAUGCAAGGUUUUUUGUGCUUGAAACUAUUGCCAGGGUUCCUUACUUUGCCUUUAUGUCAGUUCUCCAUAUGUAUGAGAGUUUUGGCUGGUGGAGGCGGGCAGACUAUCUGAAAGUGCAUUUUGCUGAGAGCUGGAAUGAAAUGCAUCAUUUGCUCAUCAUGGAAGAACUAGGGGGGAAUGCUUGGUGGUUUGACCGCUUUCUCGCUCAACAUAUUGCAAUAUUUUAUUAUAUUAUGACAGUUUUAAUGUAUGCAGUAAGCCCAAGAAUGGCAUAUCACUUUUCGGAAUGUGUAGAGAGUCAUGCAUUUGAAACUUAUGACAAAUUUAUCAAGGUCCAAGGAGAUGAAUUGAAAAAAAUGCCAGCUCCUGAGGUUGCUGUGAAUUAUUAUACAGGAGAUGAUUUGUAUUUAUUUGAUGAAUUUCAAACUUCCAGAGUUCCUAAUUCAAGAAGACCUAAGAUAGAGAAUCUGUACGAUGUAUUUGUAAACAUCAGAGAUGAUGAAGCUGAACAUUGUAAGACAAUGAAGGCUUGUCAAACCCAUGGGAACCUCCGGUCACCUCAUUCAUAUGCAGAGGAUGAUGACAGCUCAGUCUGUGCUCUUGAAGCAGAUUGUGAAGGAAUAGUAGACUGUAUAAAGAAAUCUGUUACUUCUAAUGCAGCUAAGGUGAAGUAAGAUAAGUGGCACAAUACAUAGUACAUUCAUUUAAUAAGAUAGGAGGCAGAGAAUAAUAAUUGGAGGUAGUAAAUAGUUGAAAUUUGGAUAAGGUUGCUCUCCGGUUAAUUGUCUUUAUAGAAAGUAAAGGUUAAAUAUUCAUACCACACACUCUGAGGAUUAUCAAAGAAAAUAAUAUUAUGGAGAUUGUCUA